AUAAAAUCCAAAACAACAGAAAAAGAUGAAAAGAAAAUUCUUCUUGGUUCAAGUUUAAUUUCACUGACGUCUUAAACAUUUUAAAGCGGAAAAGGUUUACUACCUCUUUCGAUUUGUUGUUUUUUGUCCCCUUAGUAGAGAGAGCUAGAUCGAGAGAGCGAGACACAGACGAGGUCUCUGUUUUUUUAUUGAUGGGUAUUAUCUCAAAUCUAAGAGGACCAAGGACCCAAGAACAUGGGUUGCCCUUAUCUGAUAGUUUGCCAUCUUCCACAUCAGUUUCCAACAAGACAAAAUGUUCCAAUUUGAUGCCUUUAGUUGUGGCCCUUGUAGUCAUAGCUGAAAUUGCGUUUUUGGGUCGUCUUGACAUGGCCAAAAAUGCUGCCUUUUUCGAUUCAUGGCCUGAGAUGUUCUAUAAAUACCACUCUUCUGAUGGAGCAGAGGUUGCUGGUGUUGAAAAGGUCGAUAUUGAAACAUUGGGUGGCGAUCAGAACUUGUUUAAAGAGAGCUGUGAGGAUUGGCUUGAAAGAGAAGAUGGCGUGAUUUAUUCAAGGGAUUUUGCCAAGGAUCCCAUCUGGAUUUCUGGUGCUGACCAGGAGUGGGAAACUUGUGCUGUGAGUUGUAAGUUUGGGUUUGAUCCCAGUAAGAAACCUGAUGCUGUCUUUGGUUUGCCUCAACAAUCUGGAGUAGCUAGUGUGCUGCGCUCGAUGGAAUCGGCUUCGUACUAUUCAGAGAAUAAUCUUGCCCAGGCACGACGGAGGGGUUACGAUAUUGUAAUGACAACUAGCCUUUCAUCGGAUGUUCCUGUUGGAUAUUUUUCAUGGGCCGAGUAUGAUAUCAUGGCACCAGUGAUGCCAAAGACUGAGAAGGCCUGUGCAGCUGCUUUCAUUUCUAAUUGUGGUGCCCGCAACUUUCGUUUGGAAGCACUUGUUGGGCUUGAAAAGGCAAAUAUCAAGAUAGAUUCUUAUGGUAGUUGCCAUAGAAAUCACGAUGGAAACGUUGACAAAGUUGAAACUCUGAAACGCUAUAAGUUUAGCUUGGCUUUUGAGAACUCCAAUGAGGAGGAUUAUGUCACUGAAAAGUUUCUCCAGUCUCUUGUUGCAGGAACCAUACCUGUUGUUGUUGGUGCUCCAAAUAUUGAAGACUUUGCACCGUCUCCCAGUUCAUAUUUACAUAUCAAGGAACUGGAGGAUGUUCCAUCAAUUGCAAAGAAAAUGAAGUACCUCGCAGAAAACCCCAAUGCUUAUAAUCAAUCACUAAGGUGGAAGUACGAAGGACCAUCUGAUUCUUUCAAGGCCCUCGUGGAUAUGGCUGCUGUUCAUUCAUCAUGUCGGUUGUGCAUUCACUUGGCAACCGUCAUCCAAGAGAAAGAAGAAAAGAGCUCCGACUUCAAGAAACGCCCCUGCAAGUGUACCAGAGGUUCAGAAACCGUGUAUCAUACAUAUGUAAGAGAGCGAGGAAGGUUUAAGAUGGAUUCUAUUUUCUUGAGGUCUGGCAAUUUGACUCUCGAGGCCUUGGAGGCGGCAGUGCUUAAGAAGUUUAAGUCUCUGAAACACGUGCCAAUUUGGAAGCAGGAGAGGCCCAAAAGCAUACGAGGGGGGGAUGAACUGAAGGUAUACAGAGUAUAUCCUGUUGGCUUGACACAAAGACAGGCUUUAUAUACCUUCAAGUUCAAAGGGGAUGCUGACCUCAGGAGCCACAUUGAAAACAACCCUUGUCCAAAGUUUGAAGUCAUAUUUGUCUAGAUUGAAGGUCACGUUAUCUCAACUUUACGAAUGGGUGACAAAUUCCCCAUCUCAGUGCUGUUUGCUGAAAAUAGUUCCUGAAAGAUCAAGGCAACCUCAUGCAGGUGUUAAGAAUAUCAUAUAUAUGUAUCAUUGAUGGGGAUGGUUAUAAUUUUACUGAUGGCUCUGUUAGUUUUAGCUCACUUUGCAUCUGACCCUUUGAGAUUUAGCUUCAGAAUUCUUCAAAGCAUUAAUAAAAAGAUUGGAUAAUUUAGUUUUAA